ACUCUGUGAGAAGAAAUGAGGGUACCACUGGCUGCGUAGGAGGCAAAACGGCGAGGCAAACAUCCCUGGGCCAAUUACUUGUGAAGUCCAUCCACUUGCAGUAUACCGCUCAGAAGCAGCAAUCACGAUGCGGAGCUUCCUGGAACAAGCCAGAAAUUCCAUAUCGAUGUCGCUGCAGUCACCGACGCCGCCAGCACCGCUUCCUCCGCCGGUGGACACUAUGCAUAACACACUAAAAAGAAUCAAUCUGGCGACGGCGGUCACCACAUUAACAGCGGGAAUUUGUUUGACAGCAGCGAUCUCUUUGACGAACGACUGCGAAAAUUUGAGAGCCGUGUCAAUGAUUCUGGCGUCACUCCUUGCUCUGAGUGGUAUGACCGCUAUCAUCAUGCGCAUCAAAGAACCUGCCAGUGUGAAUACCCAAAGCAAGAUCAUUAUACAUCCGUGGUCGAUAAAGGAGCUCGUUGAGGUGUCACUAAGCAGCGGGACUGUGACAAUUGGAUUCGCGGACAUUAUCCUGACAUAUUUGCAUCACAUAAUGUUGGCGGCCGUCUCCAUGAUGUCUUUGGUCGCACUUGCCAUGGCGAUCGCAUUUUCAGACUGCAGUGAGAGCAAUCCAUAUCUCUUUUGGGGGUUGACUGGAGCUUCUGCAGCAACGAUUUGUCUCUGCGCGACUUCAAAAGUCCUCAUCAUUCGCCAUUUGCCAUACGGUGCUAUGGAAUAUGCCACGAUAUAUUACACUAAUUUGCUGUCCGCGUUGGGUGCCGCCUGGGGGUACGCUAAAGGGGCGUUCACCUCGAAGAAGUAAAUCCCGAUGUUCCAAGACGACUGAGUAGGAAUUCAUCACCAAGACUUCAAUCGUCUGACCUGCCUAUAUUCCUUAACCGAGCUAACGGCACUGAAUGGAGCGGCACCCACUAUACACAGAGCUGGCCGACUACGGAGGAAAUUAUACUGCCGUUCAGCGGACCCCUAAUCAGUACUUUAUUUCUUCUUCUUCUGGAAGGCGACUCUCUUGUCUUUCUAUUCUGAAAUCAAGUUGAUUUGGAUCGAGCACGUUUUUGCCGUCAACACAUUGCGAUUCACCAUCGGCUUGUG